UACACAGCGUACAGCAGAGGGGGAAUCAAGUACCUCUGGCCAAGCAACUGAAGUCUUGAGAAAUCCAAGCAAACAGACAAAAUGAUGAAGACUAUACUACUGCUCGCUUUCGCUGUAUUCGUCUCCGGUGCUCAUCUGAAAAAUAAUUUAUUGGGAGAGAUUUUUGAUGAGCUGAACGCCACACCGAAAACACUCUUAGAGGGAAAAGAUAUCUACCUGAGAGAACUGAAAACUGAGAGCUGUGAGCAUGAGUUUUUCUGCCAGGCUGAGCAAGAACUCAAGGAGGUUUCUAGACAAACUGAAUUUGACCAUUUCCAUACUGACAAGAAACUAAUGAGGAACUUACAUACGUAUAACAAGCGCAGUGGAAAAACCUGCAAACCUGUUGAAGCUGAAGCUGAAGUUAAAAUCCCCUUGCGUAAAUUCUUGGAAAUUCUCAAGAAAUGUGUCAAGAAAACAUACAGCCAAAUCAACAAAAAUUAAUUUAUAAAAGAUCAUAUUUAUUUGUUGUCUUUAUUAACAUAUUAAUUUGUUUACAUUGACUGUAGUAGUAUAUAAUUUUGUACCUGAAGAAAAUUUGCAGAAAUGUUUUUUUUUGUUUUUUUUUUAUUCUUAAAUAUGGUCUUUUUUUCCUUUUUUUGUAAAGUACAGAUUUUGUGCAGUAUUUUUCAGUUCUGUCAGCAUUUCGGUUUACAAAUUUGAUCUUUUUUACUUGCACUGAAACAUCAAUUUAUAGAGCAUUACAGAAGAUUUUUUUUUUUCUUUUUUUUAUUGUAUCUUGAUGUUUAGAUUGUUGUUCAUGCAGAAUCUUGACUGAGGGAUUAGGUAACCUCACAAUAUAAUAAAUACUAAAAUAUAAAAGCAAA